AUGGCGCAGCCUGCGCAGAUGGGCUACGCGUACGGCGCCCCCGCGCAGCAGGUGAUGGCCGGGGACCUCUUCAGGGGCGCCUCGAGGGUAUUCGUCAAGCAGGAGGAUAUCCCCGUCCCCUGCUGCAGCAACGAGGCGAAGCAGCGCUACCGGAUCUCCGUCCCGAACGGCGACCAGGAGGGGCAGCCGUUCCUGUACAUCACGGAGGAGUCGGACUACUGCACGCGAAGCUGCUGCCCGGUGAACAGGGGCCUGAAGCUGAAGGUGCACAACGGGCCUUCGAAGGACUACCCCGUCGUGCAGACGAUCGAUAAGCCGUGCUCCUGCGGGCCCGUUUUCACCGCGCCCUGUCCGUGCUGCCGGCCCCAGUUCGCGGCGGUUGUGCGAGACCCCUUGUAUGUCGUCGGGUCGAUCGAGGACCCGUGCCACUGCUGCAUCAAGGGGCAGAGGGUGAGGGAUGCGCGUGGCGCCGAGAUGUUCUCGGUCUCUGGCUGCAUCAACCAGUGGGGCCUGUUCUGCCCGUGCUGUGCGCCCGUGAGGUUCGAUGCCAGCAAGGGCGGGACCACGGUUGGGGGCGUCGAGCGAAAACAAUUGCCGUGCAACGAUAUGAGGGACAACCGUUUCAUGAUAGAUUUCGGAUCGAUCAAUGACCCCCAGGAGCGGCGAAUGAUGUUCGCUUCAGCAAUGCUCUUGGAUCUUGAGUUCUUUGAGUCGAUGCAUCAAGCGACCAUGUAG